AUGCUGGUAGCAUUUAAAGUUGAUACGCCAUUGUUUAUAAAAUCGAUUACCACAAUGAAAGUGAUUUGGAAUUUUAUUUCAUUUUUAAACUUACAAUCACUUGACAUACUUAAAAGUGAUGGAAGUUUUGUACAACUCCCAAUGCUGUCAAGAGAAGCUAAAGCUAGUUGCACUUUAAAUAAAACUUAUCGAUUUCAUGCAUUUGCUCGAUAA